CUUCUACUUAAUACACUGCUUGGGGCCGGGAUAGUAACCAACCUGCCAUGGGCCAAUGGAGGAGGAGUAUGGCUGGAUUUGCAAAGCAGUGGUGCUCAUUAGUUACUUUGGCUUGGCAGUACUUCUACUGGCCUUCUUGUGUUUUGGUUGCCCCGAAAAACGUCCAAAGGAUCCAAAGAUGGUGGGCAGCACGAUGUUGACGGUGUACUUGGGAGCCGUCAACGGACUCUUGUACGUUGCCACCGACCAGUAUAUUCCAAGCUUGCCCCGCAUGGAAGUGGAAUUGUCCGGAUCUGAGACAAUUCUUUCUGGUUCGGUGCAGUUGAAUCUCCUUUCCAAGGCUUUUGUAAGCCUUCUUGUGGCGCCCUUGUCCGAUCAGAUUGGAAGGAAACCCAUCCUAUUGACAUGUGCAAUACUGAUGAUCUUGGGGUCGUUUGGCUGUGCCCUGGCUCCGAAUGUCUACUGGUUCAUUUCUGCCAGAAUCAUUCAAUCACUGGGCGAAUCUCUUGAGCCUUUGACCUCUGCGAUUGUUCGCGACUGCUACCCAGAUCCGGGUGAAAGGCUGGCAGCCUUGUCAGUGGUUGGAGGAAUGCUUAUGCUUGGGACUGCUGUAGGGCCAGUUCUAGGAGGACUUGUUGCCUCUUUUUGUCAUUGGAGAGUGCCCUUCUUUGUUUUGUCUCUGGCUUGGGCAGGAUUGGCACACUAUGCUGCCGUUUACAUUCAGGAAACCGGCAUUGAUGUCAAAUCUCCACCGAGCUACUGGUAUAGUCUCAAGCGCGUGUUUUGCAAUCAACAACUUUUGAUGUUGCUCCUCGCUGAGUCUUGUAUCCAGUGCGGGUAUUUUACAUUCAAUGCCAACGCCAGCUAUCUCACAGAAGCCGUUUACGGUAAGAGUACUGCAGCAACAUCUGUUCUGAUGGGGAUGAUGACCUUGUGCAGUGGCAUAGGGCUGAUGAUUAUUACGAGAUCGACCAGGCCUGUGUUGUCAACUGCAAAGACAUGGAUGACAGCCUACAGUCUGGGAGCUGGCUUGUUGCUUGCGAUUGCUGCUGUCUUUUGCCCUGACCACUUGUGGGCCUUCCUAGGCAGCUCCUUUUUGAUGGGGUUCCUCUAUCUGGGGUUCCUCUAUCCUUGCUAUGUGCCACUUACUGUUCUGUACCUUGACCCUGUUGAGGAUAUUGCAGGUACAGCCGCCUCUUUUGAAAUCUUCUUUCAAUCAGGGCCCUCUGCCGUCUAUUCAGGCUUAGCGACUCAAGGUCUCAUCGGCGAUGGUCAGCGGGGGCUGACGUGGUUUCAAGCUGGAAGCACUGUGCUUGCAGGAGCUGUGUUCUGGCUUGGUUACGGCUGCCGAGGGAGAACGGAGCUGGCCGCAGAGGGUGUUUUCGAGGACCAGCUGGAGCAACCCAAAUGAGCCAUAACGGAAGAGUUCCUUGUGCUGCACCUCGCAUGCUGAUCCCUGAUUUGUUAAUGACACUGACCUGUCUGAGCUACUUUUGUGCUUCAGAACCCACAGAAAAGACAGCCGAACGGCACGCUCUACUGUGCACUAGUCUCCUUCUUGACCAGUCAGGUUGUAUAGCGCCCGGCGUGUGUGAGAAAAGUACGAGGAGUUGGUGCGCGCGGACUGUGUGCCCUUUUGGAACAACAUGCAGGUUAGUCGUCCUCAGUUACAGGCAAAGCAAGUAAGUA